AUGCCUGAACCACAGCCCGACUCCCCGCCGGCUGCUGCAGCGAACCAGGCAGGCCGCGCCAUCCCCGUUGGCCUCAAUGAAGCAGCUCUCGACUCUCCGACCUUUCGUGUAACCUCUGCCAACUUUGGCGAUCAAGUCGAUGCUAUUGAAAAAUGGCUCAACGGAUACGCCCAGUCGACUUCGAAACUUCUGCACGAUAUACUCGCCCUCGAGGAAACGAUCAAUACCUUCCUCAUUAAGACGAUGCCCUCGGCGGCUGACGGCGUUGUCGACAAUGAUUAUACGUUUCUAGCUUUGAAGAGGGUGGGUGAUGGCUGGAGAGACUAUUGGAUACAGAUGAUAAGCACCAUGAAGAAGAUGGAAGGCGUAGUCGUUGACCCUAUACGGCAAUUUAUUGUCGGUGAUCUAAGGAACUUCAAAGAGUGCAGGAGGGCUAUGGAACAGGCGCAGAGGACUUUCGACUCGACCCUAGCCCGAUAUGUCAGUCAGUCGAAGACAAAGGAGCCAUCAGCCCUGCGCGAAGACGCCUUUGCUGUUUUCGAGACACGAAAGGCAUACCUUAAAGCAUCGAUGGAUUACUGCCAGCUCGCACCACAGCUGCGCUUUAGCAUGGACAAGCUUCUGGUCAAGAUCAGCACUGAACGCUGGCAUCAGUUGAGGCGUACGAAAGAGGCUGCAGGCGAUACCGGCCGCUGGAACCAGGAGAUGGAGCGCAUCCAGGGUUGGUCAAAUGAAAUGGGAGCAUCUGAGAUGGUCUUUAGACGGGAGUUGCAAUCCGCCAGGAGAGAAAUCGGAGAGAACACCCUCACAGUAUUUAAGCCAUCCCGAGAGAUCGAGGAUUACAGCACUUCAACGGUUCCAUUCCUUGGCACUCGUGGCCCCAUUACCGUCCGGCUCGAGGAGGGUGCUGCCGUUAUUUCUGAAAAGCAAGGAUGGCUGUUCCUUCGAGUACUCUCCGGAAAGCCAGCAAGACACACCUGGAUCAGGAGGUGGUAUUAUUGCCGUGAUGGUAUCUUCGGCUGGUUGACACCUGGACCUCUAGGAGUUCUCCAGGGCGAUGAGAUUGGAGUCCUCCUUUGUAACGCGAAGCCAGCCGUGGCCGAGGAUAGACGAUUUUGCUUCGAAGUCAAAACCAAGAGCCAGACAAUCCUCCUCCAAGCUGAAACUCAAGGAGAGCUUACGGAGUGGUUGGAGGUCUUCGAGGUCACCAAGAAGCGUGCCUUUGAGACGACCAUGAACAGAACGAGCGCUUCUCUUCCCGGAUCUGUCGAUCCCGCCUUCUCGAUCACACCUCCAAGCAUUCCCGAGUUUUCUGCCAAGACCCUUGAUGCACAAGCCGGUAUCUACGAUGAAACAGUCCCUACUACUGACCGAACGGCGACACUGCCUGUCCCCGGUCCAGACGGCAACCUCAGCACGCGACAGAGCUUUGAUGUUAAUGGCAGCAUCUCUCGACGUACCAUUACUGCUUUGGGACGAGAUCUAGCUCGAGAAGAGGGUGAGAGUGGCCGUGAGCAUGCUGCCAGAAUUAUUCAAAAACUUGACCUGCACCGCAAAGCAACGUUUAGCAAUCAGGGCCCCGAGGCAACACAGACAGGUUCGUCUGCUUCUGCUGCUGGACUAGCUAGCAUGAUGGCUACGAGCCAUACCCUUCCACCAGGCUUCCCGGGCAAUAUAGGGGCCGCACCAUCCACCUUUAGGCAAACCACCAGCAUGCUGCCGACGAUAGACACUCAGGCUGGUAGUUUGGCGCCGGCAACUCUAGCAAAGCCUCCAUCCAUGACUGGGUUGAGCCGCAUUGCUGUUUUGGCGUCGGGAGAUCGCCAACCUGUGGGUAACAAUAGAAAACUCCCAGCGGCCGUGGUUGCGAAUUACUGGGGAACUAACCCCUGGGGGGCCAUGAAUGCACCAUCCCAGCCUGUGCUUCCUAGGCUUGAUGAAGACGACCCUAUUGGGGUUGUUGUUCCUGGAAGUACCAUAGGCCAGAGCGCUCAGCAGAAGGAAGGGGGUGAAUAUUUCCCUCGAAACUACCCUGCAGAGCUGAGAGCCCAACACGCCCAAUUCCGACUACUGUUCCCAGAUGCACCCUUGGAGGAGAAGCUCGUUCUUGUCUUCCGGGCUGCCUGGACGGGUUCCCCUGAGCGAGGACCCGGAAAGCCGGACAUGGCUGGUGACGGUCGUAUCUAUGUUACACCCGAUAACAUGUAUUUCUACGGACAGCAGAUAGGUCUUGUUACGGCCUACAACAUCAGCCUCGACAUCAUCAGUGAAGUGACCGCGGCCCCGGGCCGGGACUGCGAUUUCAUCUUCCUGCACCUUAAUGAGAACGCCAACGAGACAGGAUACACCAGGAUCACCAUCAAGGUGUUUUUGGAAGAUCUUGGUCUCCUUCACACUCGUCUCAACUUACUGAUCGAUGACAUCCAGGCUGAAGAGCCCAUGGAUGUUCAAACCAUCGUCACUACAUUGAUCAAUCUCGAAAAGGAAGAGUAUGACCGACCGAGUCCGAGCGUGGAAAGUUGGGAAGAGGUCUCUGCAAACACCCCUAUGGACGACGGAACAUCAACGGGGCGGCCGGUGGCUCGACGUAUGGAAUUCAGCCCUCCGCUACGUCCUUCAAGGUCGCGGGCACGACAUAACCAGAAACUACAACUGCCAGCUCGUCCUGUCAUUUACGAGCCGGAAGGUAUGAAGGAGAUGGCCGCUGAGCGACACUUUGAAAUCAGCGCCAAAUCUUGUUUCCAUGUUCUGUUUGGCGACAAGAGCUUUGUGUUCCCGAAGCUGUACUUUGAGCGGCGGGCCCAGCAGAUCGCUCAAGGACCCUGGGUGUUGGUGGACCAGGGCAGGAUGAGACGUGACUUCCAGUUCAAGGUCGAUUAUACGGAUGUCCUAGGUCGGUCCAAGACGGCCGAUGUCAAUGACUACCAGAUCAUUGAAGUCUUUAGUGACCAUGUCACAUACGUGGUAACUCAUGCCAAGACGGCCUGGCAUUUACCUCACUCAACCUGGUUCAAAGUAAUAACCAAGAUUGUCAUUACGCAUGUGGCCAAGUCCAAGUGUAAGCUGGCUAUUUACACGAAAACGGACUGGUCUAAAAAUCCUGCAUUGUCCAAGAAUCUGAUUGACCGUCAAGCAGUGCGUGAUGCUGCAAGUGACGCGGAAGAAUUGGCCGAGGUGGCCACGGACCAAGUCCGUAAGCUUGGAACUCGAAGCCGAACAAACAGAGCGAUUCAAGUGUAUGGUCAGAUCGGCCAGCAGACAGAAGUUGUUGUCUUUUCACCUGCUGCGACUGACUCGACAAAGAAGCAGGCUAUCAAGCCUCGAACACUGACGACCAUGGUCUUUGAAACAAUCCGAUCUUUUGGAGAAAGUGCAGUCUCGUCACUCAUUAUGUGGGCUAUCGCUGCGCUUCGUAACUUGUUCAACUUAAUUACUGCUCAGUGGAUCAUCCUCGCACUACUUGCAUUCAGCACUCUUACCAAUGUGCUUUUGACAUCAAGUGAGACUUCAACAUGGUGGAGUGAACGAAGAGCAGCCGGAUUUAUGCAAAAUAUUGGAAUUCGACCCAACUCAAUGAUGAGCAAGGCCAUUUACUUUUCCGAUCUGGAUACAGCAUCUGGAACCAACGAGGCAUUGUCUUUCCCCGAAAACAGCACAUGCUUCUCGACGUUCAAGAGUCUUUUGGAUACAACAGACAUGGAUACCCCCUGGGAGGAUGCUGGAGCCAGUCUGACUACACCUACCAGCCGUUCCACAGCGCGAAGACUACGACGAACACGACAGCGGCUAGGAACCUACCGACAUGAUUUGUUGGUUGCCAUGAGGGUUGUCAACAGUAUUGAGCGGGAGAUGCUGCAGUCGGAGUGGGAGAACUGGCUAGUGGAUGAGAGGUUCCUCUGUGAUGAGCUGGACACUAUGCUCCAACAGCAAGACGAGACAAAGGGGCAGAAGAAGGGGCCAGAAGGCGGAAAGAAAGACAAGGGAGAUAAGGGCUCCCAGAAAGUCAUGGAGCCUUUACCAGCGAAACGAAGACAGGCUCUUGAGCAGUGGCGUGAUAGUUACUGUGGUAGCUGCAAGCGGGAUUAUCAGGUUGUGGUGAAGGGGCGGAAGUUGUCGGCUGUGUAG